AGUCUGAUGAAGAUUGGCAUGCAGGUAGUCCUUGGCUCUUGGACAACUCUUCUGAUCAUACUUUGCACUCCUCUGUCAGAAAUCUUGCAAGGAGCACCUGAUCGAGGCAGAUUUAUGGUGGCUCUUUUUGAAGAGUUGGACCCUGGGCCACAGUGCAAACACAAGUGAAAGCUGCUGUGCGGCUGAGGGCCAGCUAACUUCUCAAUGUGACGCUAUCCCAUGAUGCAACAUGUGUCCCCAGCACCUGCAGUGAUAAUGAUGGCCACCCAGCGUGUUCCUCCACCAUCGUACCAGGAGAGCCAACAGAUGACGGGCACAACGCAGCAGAACAACAAGACCCCACAAGUCCAUAUUCCAGCAGCCUCUGCAGGAAGAAAUAACUCUGUCAGUGUGACCCUUGAUCCACAGACCCAACUUGAGUCUGACAAAAGGGCUGUUUACAGACAUCCGUUGUUUCCCCUGCUGGCAUUGUUGUUUGAGAAAUGUGAGCAGGCUACACAGGGAUCUGAGUGCAUCACAUCCGCCAGCUUUGAUGUCGACAUUGAAAACUUUGUUCACCAGCAGGAGCGGGAUCAUAAGCCUUUCUUCAGUGAAGAUCCAGAGUUGGACAACUUGAUGGUUAAAGCUAUUCAAGUGUUGCGGAUCCACUUAUUGGAGCUUGAGAAGGUCAAUGAACUAUGUAAGGAUUUCUGCAACCGAUACAUCACCUGCCUCAAAACCAAAAUGCACAGUGACAACCUUCUCCGUAACGACCUGGGGGGACCCUAUUCUCCUACGCACACUAAUCUCAGCAUGCAGCAGGAAUUAAAUCAGACGUCCUCUUCUCCGUCCAUGACCUCCGUGUCCAACCCCGUCAACCCGCCAGGGAUCAUGGCACCCAGUGGGGGUUUGCAACAGGGCAAUGUUUCUCUCACGACCAUAAACUCUCAAGUGGUAUCGGGUGGGACCCUGUAUCAGCCGGUUGCCAUGGUGACAUCGCAAGGACAAGUGUUAACGCAGGCACUGCCACCGGGAACCAUUCAGAUCCAGAACUCACAGUUAAAUGUUGAUCUGUCAGCCCUAUUGGACAGCGAAGACAAGAAGUCAAGGAAUAAAAGGGGGGUCCUUCCCAAACAAGCCACCAACAUCAUGCGCUCAUGGCUCUUUCAGCAUCUCAUGCACCCGUACCCAACAGAAGAUGAGAAAAGGCAGAUUGCGGCACAAACAAGCUUGACGCUUUUGCAAGUGAAUAACUGGUUCAUUAAUGCUCGCCGGCGUAUCCUCCAGCCUAUGUUGGAUGCCAGUAACCCUGACCCAGCUCCUAAAGCAAAGAAGAUGAAGUCCCAGCAUCGUCCCACGCAGCGUUUCUGGCCCGACUCCAUCGUGGCUGGUGUUUUGCAGACGCACAGAUCUCAAAUGGGAAACAAUUCAGACGACCCGCUCAGCCUGGACAGCCUCCAGUCGCUGUCAUCGGACUCUGCCACUCUGGCCAUGCAGCAAGCCAUGCUGGGAGCCGACGACUCCAUGGAUGGCACAGAGGAAGAGGAUGAAGAUGAGGAGGAGGAGGAGGAGGAAGAGGAGGAGGAGGAAGAGGAAGGAAUGGAGGACGAGGAAGAGGAGGAGGAUGGACAGAACGAAAACAAUAGGGGGGGGGCGAUGCCCAGCGGAGGAGCAGAAAGAAGAAAUCUGAGCAUGGAGCACAGAGAGGAACUGGAGUAGUCAAAGACGAGGGACAUACUGAACAAUACGUUGACCUCACUUGGCCCAUUAACAUGGCUAAUUUCUGAUUCCAACAUACAGGAUGGCAUUGUUGCCAUAUUUAAUAUGCAUUUGAGGGCAUGAAAAUCAAUCAGGGCUCCUUCUAUUGAGAACUACAGAAUAAAAAAUGACACAAUCACCCUGAUAUGAGGGGUAGUCAAAAAGUAAUGAGUCAAUUUAAUUUAACCUACUAAUAAUUGAUAUUCAACAGCAUGGUGAACGACUGGUUAGCACGUCUGCCUCACAGUUCUGAGGACCGGGGUUCAAAUCUCGGCCCCGCUUUUGUGGAGUUUGCAUGUUCUCCCCGUGCCUGCGUGGGUUUUCUCCAGGUACUCCGGUUUCCUCCCACAUCCCCAAAACAUGCAUGGUAGGUUGAUUGAAGACUCUAAAUUGCCCGUAGGUGUGAAUGUGAGUGUGAAUGGGUGUUUGUUUAUAUGUGCCCUGCGAUUGGCUGGCGACCAGUUCAGGGUGUACCCCGCCUCGUGCCGAAGAUAGGUGGGAUAGGCUCCAGCACACCCGUGACCCUAGUGAGGAUAAGUGGUGAAGAAAAUGGAUGGAUGGAUAAUUGAUAUUUUUUCUGAAAUUUGCAGUUUGUCAUUUAAAUACUUGUUUGAAAUUUUAUUCUUUUUUUUUUUAAUUUUGUUUAAGCUUGUCCUCUUCCUGUGAGCUUUUUUAAAAUGAGGUCAUUGUUUGAUGUCCGUCAGAAGCAGAGAGCUGUAAUUGAAUUCCUUGCUUUGGAAGCGGGCGGCACAGUGGCCGACUGGUUAGAGCGUCAGCCUCACAGUUCUGAGGACCCGGGUUCAAUCCCCGGCCCUGCCUGUGUGGAGUUUGCAUGUUCUCCCCGUGCCUGCGUGGGUUUUCUCCGGGCACUCCGGUUUCCUCCCACAUCCCAAAAACAUGCAUGAAUUGGAGAGUCUAAAUUGCCCGUAGGUGUGAAUAUGUGUGCGAAUGGUUGUUUGUUUGUUUGUAUGUGCCCUGCAAUUGGCUGGCAACCAGUUCAGGGUGUACCCCACCUCCUGCCCGAUGAUAGCUGGGAUAGGCUCCAGCACGCCCGCGACCCUGGUGAGGAGAAGCGGCUCAGAAAGUGGAUGGAUGGAUGCUUUGGAAGCGGAACCACCACUAAACGUUUUCAAAAGGUUGCAAAAUGUGUAUGGGAAAGCUUCAUUAGGCUACAGCACAGUCAAAAAGUGGGUGUCCAGGAUCAAAGACAUAGAACAAGAGCCUUCGUUGAGUGACCUGCAAAGGAGCGGCAGACCAUCUUCAGCAGUUGAUCCUGGGAAGAGAGCUAGGGUCGAGGCAAUGAUUAGAGAAGAUUGCAGAGUCACCAUUGAUGACAUCACCAUCUUGUGUCAUCGUUGAUGACAAAAGUCAAAUACUGUACAGAUUUUGCAACCUUUUGAACAUGUUUAGUGGUGAUUCCCCUUCCAAAGCAAGAAAUUCAUUAACAAUUCCCUGGUUCAGACAGGUAUCCAACAAUGACUUCAUUUCCAAAAUGGCUGACAGAAAGAAAACAGACUUAAACAAAACAUUUUUUUUUAAAUAAACCUUCAAAUAAGUAUUUAAACUACAAACUGUGAAAACUUCAUGAAAGAAAAAAAUCAUUAGUUGGUGAAAUUAAAUUGGGCUCAAACCGUUUUGACUGCCCCUCGUAAUUAUACAAAAUGAUAUUAGGACAAAGAUAAAAGUGUGUUUGGUUUUACUAAACUGCAGUGGGCUUUAUAAAAUACAGUUACUGAAUAAAAUGCUCAACAUAUUCAAAUGUGAAAGAACUUUAUGCUUCAGAAAGCCUGAUAUUUUAGACUAUUUUAGAUUUCCUCUGAGUUUAGAGAGCACAGAAACAAAUACAGCCCCAAGUUUUCUCAAUUAAGUAGUCCAACUAUUUUGCUUGACAAAAACGGUAUCAAUAGUAAUUACUAGACUUUUCAAGAGAAAGGGUGAGUAAAAUGUGAGGGGAUGUGGGAGGUGAUGUCUAAAUAUGGGGACAAUAUUUGUUCAUACCUGUUUUAUAACUCAUAGGUUCUCAGGUCGAAAAAACUGAGCAUUUUUCUUCCACAUAAGCACAAUAUUUGAGUUGCUGAAAGCCUUUUAAGCAUGCUCUUUGAACUUGCUUUACUUUCUGUUCUUUAUAAGCAAAUCUAAUGUAGUAGACAAGUGUCUUGAUGGUUGAAGAUUUGCAUUAUAUAUUUUUUUUGCUUUCGGUUGUUUUUUUUUUGGUUGGGCUCAGAGCGUAGCUCAAGCAACAACAUGACAAUGAUGGCUGUCUGCACACUGCAGUAGGUCCAUAAAGAUCAUCUUGGCUAUUUUAUGUGAUAAUGUAUGAUGCUGUUAUGAAGGGGAGCAUGGCAAAUGUUGCCAACUCCCCACAAACCUUUCACACUCAUCUCAACAUAAUUUGGAAUAACACAAACAACAAGGAAUUUGGCAUAUCUCACUGGCUAAGCCAUCAUCAUUUACUGACUUUUUAAAGAAAGAAAACCAUUCUGAUGAAGAUGAAGGACUGAGAAAGCUGUGGCAGAAAAGUCAGCCAUGAAGUCAAUUUUGUGUGAAGGAUUUUGAAGAAACUGGGAAACAAUUUUCAUUCUGUUUUGUACUAAACCACAAAUGUGAUUCACUAAUUUCUAUUGUGAAGAUGUCUAAAAAACAACCCAUGUUAUAUUUAAUGUUCUGAGUGGUGACUGUGAAGUAUGUUGCUCAUUCACAUUAUUUUCACUAUUUCUCUUUUUUUUAACUCGAUCUUCCAGCGCAAGUGAUAGAUAAUGGGGAAUAUUUAUAUUUCAUUUGUACACUUGUCAUAAUCUACUGUGUUUCGAUAGACCAAUUUUAAUAAUUAAAAUCUGUAAAGGUA